AUGGGGACACGGCACAGCACGGGCAGGGGUACGGGCAGAGGCGUGGGCGUGGUAAUCAGAGAGGUGGGAGUGGCGGUGGCGGGAGAAGCGGGGGCUAUUGAGGGGGGAAUGGCUGAAGGGGGGUUUGAUCUUGACGCGACAGGCUUUGCAGAUGGUGAGAUGGGGAUGGGUGGUGGGAUGGAAGGAGAAGAGUUUGGAGCUGAGGCGGUGCCAGCAGGAGGGGGAGGAGAGGAAGGAGGGGAAGGAUGGGGAGGGGGAGGAGAAGGGGAAGGCGGAGUGCUGGCGACAGCUGCAGCAGGAGAAGCAGGUGCGGCUGCGCCUGGCCCUGGCACAGCAGCGGCGGCAGCAGCAAUAGCUGCAGCGGAAGCAGCAGCGGCGGCGGCAGCAGCAACAGACGGGUCUGAUACCGAUGUGGACGGGGAGUUCCGGCCGGUGCGACUGAGGGACCCUGAGAGAAAACGGCGCCAUUUCAUCCCAGUGACGCUAAAAGCCGAGAUUUGCGAGCUUCGGCGCGACCGUCCGGGAAUCACGCUGGUGAAGAUUGUUCAAGUGCUUAAAACGAAGUAUCCGGGGAUCAGGAUUUACUCGACUCGGGUGGCGGAUAUUAUUCAGAAGCCGCACAAGUGGUUGGGGAUGCUGGGCGGGAAAGGGCACAACCGAACCAACCAGCCGCCGGACCAGUCUGGUAUGGAGGGAGCUUUGGCGCGGUGGUUUGGGGAGGAGCAGCAGAGGCUCGGCGUGGUGCCGAGCGAGCAGGUGAUUGAGAAGGCCAAGGAGCUGGGGUAUUCGUUCGGGUUUCCCCCGACUUUUAAGUACACAAGGGCGUGGGUGUACCGUGUGUUGUCCCACUUGGGAUUCUCCCAGGAGGCUAUAGAUGCUGCUUGGCAGGGAUACGGGCAGAUGACAGGGCAGGCGAAUGGGCAGGGCCAGGGUUACGGGCAGGGGACAGGGCAGGGGGCCGGGAUGGGGUAUGGGCAGGAAGGUGGGAUGGGAUAUGGGCAGGAAGGGGGGCAGGCGAGAGUGGGAGAGGGGGAUCAAGAUGACGUUAUCCCAGGUGAUUUAUUUGAGGAGCUGGAGGGAGGAGAGAUGGUGGUGGUUCGGACAGCUGAUGGUGCUGCUGGUGAUGGUGGUGCUGGUGCUGAUGGUGGUGAUGGUGCUGGUGGUGCCGGGGGUGUUGGUGCCGUUGGUGUUGGUCCUUCCUCCAACCAGCCACUCGACUCAGCUGCUUUUGGAGCGAGCUCUUUGAACGAAUCAGCCCCAUUCACUGCUGCAAACAGCAUGAUCGGAGGAACCGCCAACACUGCUAACACUGCCAACACCACAAACACUGCAAAUUCGCUAGACUAUGGGGACGACGGGGAAGACUCGGAGGGUUACCAGCCCGACCCGAAGCUAGUCGAGCUCGCCAUGGCUGAAGCGAGAGCUGCGGCGGAGGCUCGGAGGGUUAUUACCGAGGCUGACCUCGCAAACGCGGCGCAGAUCGAGGUUCUACCCCGGAAUCCGAUCACGGGCAGGGUGAUUAGUAAAGAGGAGCUGCAGACUAACCCGGUGUAUACGGAAUAUUUCCGGCUGCUGGAAGAGCAGAAGCAGUUCAAAGAAAAGCACAAGAAGAUCACAACCUGUGUGCGAACGAUCAAGAUGCGGAAGGCAAUCUGUCUACUCAAGGAAGCUCGGCCGUCGCUCACCAACCAAGAAAUCAUCCAUAUCAUACUGGAAUCCUGCGGGCCUGUGAUUGCAGCGAGUAUCUCCCCUGCCGCCCUCCGGUACACCCUCAAAAGGAGCUACCAAUACCUAAACGCCGACCUGAACAAGCCGAAGAAACCGGUUCCGAAGCGGGUUGAGUUUCCGGAAUUUGAGGAGGCGCUUGCGGCGUGGGUGCGGGAGAUGCGGGCGAAGUAUGGGAAGGAGAAUCUUCUGUACGAGGAUAUAUUGGUGUAUGCGCAGAAGCUGGCUCCGAGUUUCGGGAUUGCGGAGAAGAAUCCCAAGUUUAAGUUCCACAUGUCGUGGCUUUUGAACUUUGCCGGGAGGCACGGGUUGAAGUGGCGAACGAAGGAGGAUCUGCGUGCGAACCGCAAGGGUGGGGGGGGUGGGGAUGGUGGUGGUGGUGGUGGUGGUGGUGAUGGUGGUGGAAGGAGCAGUGGGAGAGGGAGAGGAGGGAAUACGUCUGGAGUAGGAGAGAGUGACGGUACAGAGAGUGACAAUGGCGGGCGGGAGGGGUAUGGCGAGGGCGGUGGGACAACGGACGGUGGAGAUGGGAUCACAACGGACGGUGGCGAGGGGAACACCACGGAUGGGGGAGGAGAAGGGACGGACGUGGAAGGGGAAGAGGAAGGGGUGGGGGAAGGAGGGGGGUUUCUAGGCAUGGAUGUGAACAUGCAUCUGGGGAAUAUAGUGACUGGGCUGGUGCGAAAGGAACGGGAUGAGAAGACAAUAAGGAGAAACAAGAUUUGGAACACUGCAGCAGACAAGCUUCUUAAGGUGGUGGCUCAGUUUGUGGCUGAGAGGGAAGAACGGGUGCGGAGAGGGGAGGAGGAGGGAGAGGGGGACGAGCGGUGGGGUGGGGAGGCGGGAGUUGAAGAUUUGCUAAAGAAGAGGCAGGACCUGCCGCACACUGCUGUCAAACGCGCCGUUCAAGCCAGGUACGGCGUCGAUACAAGCCGCACGGUUAUCGCGGAUUAUAUGGCCCGGGAGGACAAGGUGCGGUGGCAGGCGCAGGUGAUGCGAGAUGCAUACAGAGAGGGGCGAGAAGUGCUGCCCAAGAUGAAACAGUACACCAAGUUCAUGCGGCUGGAGAAGGCAGUGGCAGACGCAAUGAAGAAGGCCCUGGCGGAUUUGGACAAGGAGGAGGCGCAGGGCAGUGGGGGGUUCGCAGCAGCAACACAUUUUGAGACGCCUCUAAAGGCGCUGGCUGGCGGUCUUGGACAAAGGGGAGGCAUUUACAUACACAUAUGCCUACACCCAUUUCCUCUGCCCCUCCCCCCUCACGCUGCGCAGUAUACAAAAUUCAUGCGGCUGGAAAAGGCAGUGGCAGACGCAAUGAAGAAGGCCCUAGCGGAUCUGGAUAAGGGGGAGGCGCAGGGCAGUGGGAGGGGCGCAGCAGCACAACCGGGCGUGCUGGGUGGAGGAGUGAGGAUGGGCUUUCAGGGCGCAGGGGAGGAAAGGGAUGAGGAGGAAGAAGAGGAGGAAGAGGCGGGGUUGCCGCGGCAGAUAAUGGUGCAUCCCGAGGCGGUGGUGGAUUAUGCCAACAAGAACAGAUCAGAUCAUGGUGUACCCAGAGGCGGUGGUGGAUUAUGCCAACAAGGUGGCGCCGCUGUUUGGCUUUCCCCCCUCCAAGUGAGCAUGCGGCGGGCGGUGGGCUUUGCGUGGAGCAUCACGUUCGCAUGGGUGGCGGGGCUCAUGCAUCACCGGGGCUUCAUGAAUCACUGGGUCGUAAAGGUGCCUGUCGAUCACCUUCGCGUGGGUGGCGGGGCUGAUGCACCGGUGGGGCUUCAUGAACCACUGGGCCAGCUCUCCUGGGACCUGUUCGACGAGGGCUUUAACCUGAUACCGGGGGAGAUAGAGGCGCUGGGGAAACUGGCGGAGGAGCUGGAGGUGCAGCGGCAGCAGCGCUUCCGCGAGGUGGUGCUGGCCGGGGCGUUCAACAAGCGGAAGAAGAAGAUGAUGCAGAUGCAGGAGAGGGCGGGAGGAGCAGGAGGAGGUGGGGGAGGAGGAGUGGAGGGAGGAGGAGAGGGAGGAGCGGGAGGAGGUGGGGAAAGGGGAGGAGCAGGGGGAGGAGAGGGAGGAGGAGGGGGAGGAGGAGGGGGAGAGGGAGGUGAGGGGAUGCAGUCGGCUGGGGAGAGGGAUCGAGGCGAGGGAGGGGAGAGAGGGGAGGGAAGGGAAGGUGCCGGAGGUUUCGGAGGGAAUGAUUCUGAUGACGAUGGCGGUGGUGGUGGUGAUGAUGAGGAGGAGGAUGAGGAGGAGGAUGAGGAAGAGGAGGAGGUGGAGGAGGUGGAGGAGGGGUAUGAGGAGGAGGAAGAGGAGGUAGAGGGGGAUGAGGAGGAGGAGGUGGAGGAGGUGGAGGAGGUGGAGGAGGUGGAGGUGGAGGAGGAUGCAGAGCCAACCAACCAAUUCCGAAUUGCUGUCCCUGGCACGCAACGUCACCCAGUCCUUUGGUCCCGAGUUCGCACUCGCUCUGGGGUCACUGCUGGUGCAGCAUCAGCAGCAGCAGCAGCAGCAGCAGCAGCAGCAACUGCAACACCAACAUCAGCAACAACCACGCCCUAA